AUGAACAUGUUUGAAAGUUUGAAAAAACUGAUACCCCCAAAAACCAAAAAAUCUAACCGUUCUCGAGUGUGCACAAGCAGAUGUCGAUCAAGAAAUAACGUUUCAGAGAUCAAAGACAACACACCUAAACAACAACAACACUUUCAAGAUUCAAUGGAAACAUAUGUACCAGAACGUCACCAUCAUUAUUCAAUCCUUCUUCUUCUCUAUGACGGGGCCACGCCCCCUUCUUCUAAUCAAUAUAGUCUUCCGGUCGAUAAUGAACAAGGUUCUAUCGCUGCUUGCUCUUUGUUGUUUCAAUCUCAACCAACCCACGACCCUCCAACCAAUUCGACAUUAAUUAUAAAUACUAAAGCUCCUAGAUAG